AUACAACAGCCUCGCAAUAUUCUGUCAUUGACAAAAGAAGAAAAACAAAAAUUUUUGGAUUCAUUUGAUCGUGUAUUUUCGGAUAUAGAUGGUGUAGUUUGGAAUGCGUCCGCUGUCAUCGAAGGUAGCGGGGAUGGCUUUAACGCACUUCGUGAAACGGGCAAACAACUGACAUUCAUUACCAAUAACAGUGUCCGGCCGGAACAACUAUGCUUGGACAAAUUGAAAGAGAAUAAAAUUGAAAUUGAGGCGAAUGACCUAAUUCAUCCAUCCAAAAGUAUUGUGGAAUAUCUGAAAGGUAUUAAAUUUGAGGGUUUAAUAUAUGCCAUUGCAAGCGAAUCGAUUAAACAUGAUUUCCGGAAAGAGGGAUUCCAAAUCCUCGAUGGACCUUACGAAAUUAUUGGAGAAUCAUUCCGUGAUCUUAUGGGUGUUGUAAUCGGCCGUGAACCCGUCAAGGCUGUCAUUAUUGAUUUUGAUUUCAAUCUAACAAUGACAACAAUGAUGAAGGCCCACCAUUAUUUACGCCGGUCAGAUUGUAUAUUUAUUGGUGGUGCGAGUGAUUACACUUUGCCUGUAACCAAAGACUUAUCGGUCUUGGGACCCGGUGGAUUUCUAAAAGUUUUAGAGGAUUCCACCUGUCGAGAAAUAUUACUUUUUGGUAAACCUGGUAAAGCAUUGGCAGAUUCCUUGCUGAAACGUUAUGAUAUUAAAGAUCCCAGUCGAGCUAUGAUGAUUGGCGAUAUGUUGGAACAAGAUAUACGAUUUGGUAAACUUUGUGGUUUCCAAACACUGUUAGUCUUGAGCGGUGGCAUAAAACUUGAAGAGCUUAUGCGUCAAACAGAUCCCAAUGUUAUACCAAAUUAUUAUGCCAACAGUAUGAAAGAUUUUGUUGAAUUUGUUAAGGAUCUUAAAAAAUCAAGUGUACCCAAACCUCGUAACAUCCUCUCCUUAAACGCUGAAGAAAAACGUAGAUUUUUGGAUUCUUUCGAUUUUGUAUUUUCGGAUAUUGAUGGUGUGGUUUGGAAUGCAACGGGUAACAUCGAAGGCAGUGGGGAUGGGUUUAAUGCUUUGUGUGAGGCUGGCAAAAAAUUAACCUUCAUUACAAAUAACAGUGCUCGCCCCGAGGAUGUGUGUUUGGAGAAACUGAGAAUGAAUAAAAUUAAAAUAGAAUCGAAUGACCUAAUCCAUCCAUCCAAAAGUAUUGCAGAGUAUCUGAAAAGUAUUAAUUUUGAUAGCGCGAUAUAUGCCAUUACAAGUGAAUCUUUUAAAAAUUCACUGCGGGCUCAGGGUUUCAACGUUAUGGAUGGGCCUCAUAAAGUUAUUGACGAAUCAUUUCGUGAUCUUAUGGCCGAUGUCAUUAAUUGUGAUCCGGUCAAGGCGGUUGUCAUCGAUUUUGAUUUCAACGUAAAUAUGACAACAAUGAUGAAGGCUCACUAUUAUUUACGUCAACCCGAUUGUUUGUUGAUUGGUGGCGCCACAGAUUACUACUUACCUGUAACCAAAGAUUUGUGGCUUUUAGGACCCGGUGGUUUUCUUAAAGUUUUAGAAGAAGCCAGCCGCAAGGAGGUGUUACUUUUUGGUAAACCUGGCAAAGCAUUGGCCGAUAGAAUUCUGACACGUUAUGAUAUUGAGGAUCCAAGUCGUGCCCUAAUGAUUGGUGAUAUGUUGGAUCAGGAUGUACGUUUUGGUAAACGUUGCGGCUUCCAGACUCUGAUAGUUCUAAGUGGUGGCCUGAAACUUGAAGAGCUUAUGUGUCAAACAAAUCCAAAUGUUAUACCAAAUUAUUAUGCCAAUAGUAUGAAAGAUUUCGUCGAAUUUAUGAAGGACGUGAAAAAUUCGAAUGCUUAA